AAGUCAUCGUUUAUCGAUUCAAAGCGGCUAAAAGACGAAGCCGGCAGAAUGCUGUGUCCUAAUUUAUUUAUUUAUUUAAUUUUAACGUUAAUAUUGACAGCAGAAGCUCAGUUUGAGCGCGAUCCUAAUGGAUACUUGACUUAUUGUCCCUGCAUGGGACGCUUUGGUAAUCAGGCGGAUCAUUUUCUUGGUUCAUUGGCAUUUGCUAAAGCAUUAAAUCGAACGCUGAUAUUGCCUCCAUGGGUCGAGUAUCGUAAGGGUGAAAUGCGCUCCCGUCAAGUAUCAUUCGAUACAUAUUUCCAAGUACAGCCAUUACUUGAUUAUCAUCGCGUGAUUCUAAUGUCGGACUUCAUGUCAAAAUUGGCUGAGGAUGUGUGGCCAGCAACGGAACGCGUCUCCUUCUGCUACAUGGAGCGCAAAAGCCUGCAGCAGGAGAAGAAUGAUCCAGAUGCACCCAACUGCCAUGCCAAGGAUGGGAAUCCCUUUGGUCCUUUCUGGGAUACUCACAAUAUCGAUUUUGUGCGUUCGGAGUUCUACGGUCCGCUACAUUUUGACGUUCAUCACAGUACCAUGGCAACCAAAUGGAUGAACAAUUAUCCAGCUGAUAAAUGGCCAGUCUUGGCGUUCACCGGUGCACCAGCGAGCUUUCCUGUACAGCAUGAGAAUCGCGAACUACAAAAACAUCUCCAAUGGAGUCGAAAGUAUAAUGUGGCAGCUCAAGAAUAUAUACGCAACGUUUUGCCACGCGGUGCUUUCAUUGGACUCCAUUUGCGCAAUGGCAUCGAUUGGGUGCGUGCAUGUGAACACAUUAAGGAUAGCCAGCAAUUGUUUGCAUCUCCUCAAUGUCUGGGCUAUAAAAAUGAGCGUGGUCAUCUCUAUUCCGAUCUAUGCAUGCCCUCGAAGGAGGCAAUUGUGCGUCAAUUGAAGCGCACCAUUAAGAAUGUGCGUCAAACCCAGCCCAAGAAUGAGGUAAAGUCUGUGUUUGUUGCAUCCGAUGCCAAUCACAUGAUUGCUGAACUUACCGCGGCCCUGAGUCGAAUGGACAUUAGUGUACAUAAGUUGCCUGAGGAUGAUCCAUAUCUGGACUUGGCAAUUCUAGGACAAUCAAAUCACUUUAUUGGCAACUGCAUCUCUUCGUAUAGCGCUUUUGUAAAGCGUGAAAGGGAUGCACAUGACUUUCCGUCAUAUUUCUGGUCUUUUCCCAAAGAAAAAGAUCGUCAGCAGGCGAAGAUGCAUGAAGAGUUGUAAAGCAAUCGACUAACAAACGUGAAUCUCGGAACACUUGUAUCAAUCCUUAUCAUUAGUAAUUUGUAGUAUUAGUAUUAAUAAGCUAGAAAGUUAACGAUUAUUGCGAUUGAUUC